CACACCUGACAAACGUCAAUAAUGGCAGACGAUAGCGAGUCCAUUGUGGAAGAGUACAAUUUUCAUCCGUGCAAUACUCCACGUGGAACGAAGUAUUAUGACACUAAGAUCCUCACAACAUGCCAAAAAGAUCGCCUGCGAGAACUGAAAAAAGAAAAGGUUCGCGAAAAUGAACAGUAUUUGGCGACCCAUCCCGAGAUCAGGGCUCUGGUGGCUUUAGCUACCCGACACGUUUUACAAGAGAGACCCCGCGCAAAGUUACACGAACAUAUUGCACACUUUUUCUCGCAAGAACGCGGAGUACUGGAGAGAGCCGUACAAGAAUAUAUUGCAGCGAGGCCGUCCCUGAGUCCUGUCGCUGAGGUCAACAGUCGAAUCAGCAACGUGGAGCAGACCAUGGUAGUCGAGCAAAAACAUUCCACGUUUGGUUCAAUUAUAAACGACAUCCUUUCCCGAACGUUUAACUGCUUAGAAAAUUCUUCCGUUGAAAACAGAACAACUGAGAUUCACGUUUGAUCCAUACAGGACAUUGACUUUUAAACGCAAAUUAUACCGCAAGUAAUACCAUUACGAGACAAGUAUCCGAGUAAAGUAGAUACGCGAUCGAUUUAUUUAAAUAUUUCACGAGAUUAUCCCGGAAAAGCCAUCACUGACCGCCGUAACUAUUUAACUAAUGGAACACUGUUUUAGUAGACAAUUUCGUGCCCACAGUAUAAAUGCGAUAAUUAAAUUUUAUGGACGAAAUGCAGCCCCCGGUAUACUUCAGUAUGGGGGAGAUACUAAAAAAAGGGUUAAAAGGGGGGUGCGCGAUAUUCAAAACGGAAGGAGGACAAAUGACGGUCCUCG